AUGGACUCGACCACAGCGACGGCAGAGCUGGGCUGGAUCGUGCAUCCUCCAUCAGGGUGGGAAGAGGUGAGUGGCUACGAUGAGAACAUGAACACGAUCCGCACGUACCAGGUGUGCAAUGUGUUUGAGUCGAGCCAGAACAACUGGCUACGGACCAAGUUCAUCCGGCGCCGUGGUGCCCACCGCAUCCACGUGGAGAUGAAGUUCUCCGUGCGUGACUGCAGCAGCAUCCCCAGCGUGCCCGGCUCCUGCAAGGAGACCUUCAACCUCUAUUACUAUGAGGCCGAUUUCGACUCGGCCACCAAGACCUUCCCCAACUGGAUGGAGAAUCCGUGGGUGAAGGUGGACACCAUUGCGGCCGACGAGAGCUUCUCCCAGGUGGACCUGGGUGGCCGGGUCAUGAAGAUCAACACCGAGGUGCGGAGCUUCGGGCCGGUGUCCCGCAACGGCUUCUACCUGGCCUUCCAGGACUACGGUGGCUGCAUGUCCCUUAUUGCCGUGCGUGUCUUCUACCGCAAGUGCCCCCGCAUCAUCCAGAAUGGCGCCGUCUUCCAGGAGACACUGUCGGGGGCUGAGAGCACAUCGCUGGUGGCUGCCCGGGGCAGCUGUAUCGCCAAUGCCGAGGAGGUGGACGUGCCCAUCAAGCUGUACUGUAACGGGGACGGCGAGUGGCUCGUACCCAUCGGGCGCUGCAUGUGCAAAGCCGGCUUCGAGGCCGUGGAGAACGGCACGGUCUGCAGAGGUUGCCCAUCUGGAACCUUCAAGGCCAACCAAGGGGACGAGGCCUGCACCCACUGCCCCAUCAACAGCCGGACCACUUCCGAAGGGGCGACCAACUGCGUCUGCCGCAACGGCUACUACAGAGCAGACCUGGACCCCCUGGACAUGCCCUGCACAACCAUCCCCUCCGCACCCCAGGCGGUGAUCUCCAGUGUCAACGAGACCUCCCUCAUGCUAGAGUGGACCCCGCCCCGCGAUUCAGGAGGCCGUGAGGAUCUCGUCUACAACAUCAUCUGCAAGAGCUGUGGUUCAGGCCGGGGCGCCUGCACCCGCUGUGGGGACAACGUGCAGUAUGCACCCCGCCAGCUGGGCCUGACCGAGCCGCGCAUUUACAUCAGUGACCUGUUGGCUCACACCCAGUACACCUUCGAGAUCCAGGCCGUGAACGGUGUCACCGACCAGAGCCCCUUCUCGCCUCAGUUCGCCUCCGUGAACAUCACCACCAACCAGGCAGCUCCGUCGGCUGUGUCCAUCAUGCACCCGGUGAGCCGCACGGUGGACAGCAUCACCCUGUCGUGGUCCCAGCCUGACCAGCCCAACGGCGUCAUCCUGGACUAUGAGCUGCAGUACUAUGAGAAGGAGCUCAGUGAGUACAACGCCACAGCCAUAAAAAGCCCCACCAACACGGUCACUGUGCAGGGCCUCAAAGCCGGCGCCAUCUAUGUCUUCCAGGUGCGGGCACGCACUGUGGCAGGCUACGGGCGCUACAGUGGCAAGAUGUACUUCCAGACCAUGACAGAAGCCGAGUACCAGACAAGCAUCCAGGAGAAGCUGCCACUCAUCAUCGGCUCCUCGGCGGCCGGCCUGGUCUUCCUCAUUGCUGUGGUCGUCAUUGCCAUUGUGUGUAACAGACGGGGGUUUGAGCGUGCUGACUCGGAGUACACGGACAAGCUGCAGCACUAUACCAGUGGCCACAUGACCCCAGGCAUGAAGAUCUACAUCGACCCUUUCACCUAUGAGGACCCCAAUGAGGCAGUGCGGGAGUUUGCCAAGGAAAUUGACAUCUCCUGUGUCAAAAUUGAGCAGGUGAUUGGAGCAGGGGAGUUUGGUGAGGUAUGCAGUGGCCACCUAAAACUGCCAGGCAAGAGAGAGAUCUUUGUGGCCAUCAAGACGCUCAAGUCAGGCUAUACUGAGAAGCAGCGCCGGGACUUCCUGAGCGAGGCCUCCAUCAUGGGCCAGUUCGACCACCCCAAUGUCAUCCACCUGGAGGGUGUUGUCACCAAGAGCACGCCUGUGAUGAUCAUCACUGAGUUCAUGGAGAAUGGCUCCCUGGACUCCUUCCUCCGGCAAAAUGAUGGGCAGUUCACAGUCAUCCAGCUGGUGGGCAUGCUCCGGGGCAUCGCGGCUGGCAUGAAGUACCUGGCAGACAUGAACUACGUCCACCGCGACCUGGCCGCCCGCAACAUCCUCGUCAACAGCAACCUGGUCUGCAAGGUGUCUGACUUUGGGCUCUCACGCUUUCUGGAGGAUGAUACCUCAGACCCCACCUACACCAGCGCGCUGGGUGGGAAGAUCCCCAUCCGCUGGACGGCCCCAGAAGCCAUCCAGUACCGGAAGUUCACCUCAGCCAGCGACGUGUGGAGCUAUGGUAUCGUCAUGUGGGAGGUGAUGUCCUACGGGGAACGGCCCUACUGGGACAUGACCAACCAGGAUGUAAUCAAUGCCAUAGAGCAGGACUAUCGGCUGCCGCCACCCAUGGACUGCCCAAGCGCCCUACAUCAGCUCAUGCUAGACUGCUGGCAGAAGGACCGAAACCACCGGCCUAAGUUUGGCCAGAUCGUCAACACGCUGGACAAGAUGAUCCGAAACCCCAACAGCCUCAAAGCCAUGGCACCCCUCUCCUCCGGAAUCAACCUGCCGCUGCUGGACCGCACGAUCCCCGACUACACCAGCUUUAACACCGUGGAUGAGUGGCUGGAAGCCAUCAAGAUGGGGCAGUACAAGGAGAGCUUCGCCAAUGCCGGCUUCACCUCCUUCGACGUCGUGUCGCAGAUGAUGAUGGAGGACAUUCUCCGGGUUGGGGUCACCUUGGCUGGCCACCAGAAAAAAAUCCUGAACAGUAUCCAGGUGAUGCGGGCACAGAUGAACCAGAUCCAGUCUGUGGAGGGUCAGCCACCUGCCAGGAGGCCACGGGCAGCAGGAAGAACCGAGCAGCUCCAGCCACGAGACGUCACCAAGAAUAUGUGCAACUCAGAUGAUGGAAAAAAGGGAACGGGACAAAAGAAAAUAGAUCCAGGGAGGGGGCGGGAAAUACAAGGAAUAUUUUUUAAAGAGGAUUCUCAUAAGGAAAGUGAUCAUUGUUCUUAGGGAAAAAAAAAAAAGAAAAGAAAAGAAAAGAAAAAAAAAAAGGGCUUGGGAGAUCCACGCGAUUUGUCCCAAUUGGAGACCAAAAGCAGUUUCUCUCCAACUCCCUCUGGGAAGGCGACCUGGCCAGAGCCAAGAAACACUUUCAGGAAAACCAAUGUGAAGGGGGAGACAGGGGCCACCCUUCUCUCCUGUCCCUGGGCUGUUCUUCCAGGCCUCACUCAACAGCCACACGGCAGGCAGACGGGGCAGGCGGGCGGACAGGCAGCCACCGCGGGAACCACUCGGGGAAACUCCACUCCCGCCGCCACUGGGCAAACAGAAGAAUUUUUCUGUCUUUGGAGAAUAUUUUAGAAACUCCAAUGAAAAAGACUUGUUUCUCCUGUCGGCUCAUGGGACCGAAAGGGGGCUGUUGUCUUCCUCGGUCGGGGAGACCACGGGGACAUCGGCAAGGUCAACCUUCCUGAGGAUGCAUAGCCCUGCCUGCAGGCCCGAUGCUGCAGUGACGACUGCCACUGAGAAGGAUUGCUCCUGCAUUUGGGUUUGUUUACAGCAAUUCGUGGACUUGGGGGUAUUUUCGUCAGGGGUGGAUUUGGUUUGGGGGGUUUGUUUGUUGGGUUGUUUUUUUUUUUUUAUGACAAUGAAGUGACACUUUGACAUUUCCUACCUUUUGAGGACUUGAUCCUUCUCCAAGAAGAAGGUGCUUUCUGCUUACUGACUUAGGCAAUACACCAAGGGCGAGAUUUUAUAUGCACAUUUCUGGAUUUUUUAUAUGGUUUUCAUUGACACUCUUCCCUCCUCCCCCUGCAGAGAGUUCCCCCCUGCUGCCAGGCCUCACCAAAGCCAACUGCCACGGGGCCAUCUGGGCCGUUCAGAGACCAAGUGAGAUUUGGGAGGAUGAGGGGCCAAGGUGGAGGGGCACCCCACCCAGGGCUGUUUUUGAAAGCACCAGAUUGAGAAAGAAGUGAGCCCUAGGGCUGCAGAAUCACACGACUUUGCCCACUUCUCCACCCGCCCUCUGCCCCAGUGUGUCCAGUACUUUCUAGACAAAUAGGCCCCUUCGAGGUUCCUGAGUGCUCUCGGAUGGCCAGAACCCAGUUUCGCCUCUGGGAGCCUAAACGGGGCCCCAGAUCAUUCACUGUGAUAUCCCUUCCCUCCAGAGUGUCACCCUCAGAGAUGUGUGCAGGCGCUCCUUCCCUCCACUGGGGGGAAAGUGUAUGGUUUCUCUCCCACCCCCUCCCCCCACCCCCAGCCCAGACCUUCACCCAGGUCUGAAGGUCUUGGCCGUGGGAAAACCAUCAGCCACGAGGUCUGGCUACAAACUCCCUCCUGUGAGCAAAUGCAGGCACUUGAGCAGAACAAUCGGUUAGUGAACUGAAUGGA